AAAUGUGAGCAGCACCAAUCCCUUACACACUUCCUUGUUUUAUGUCAUAUACAUUAUUAUCAGAAAAGCUGCGAGAAUGUAAAGCUCAUAAUACAAACACACAGGACAGGAGGCAGACGCUUUAUUGUGUCACUAUCAGCAUGGCGCUGGGAGUGGGGACAACACUUCUGCUGGCUACUGGAGUCACUCUUCUAAUUUACCUUGUGUCAUGGUGGAGAAGGAUAAAGCAGAGUAAUCUCCCCCCAGGGCCCACACCUCUGCCUCUCCUGGGAAAUGUAAUGCACCUCAGCAUCUCAGAAGUGCCCAAAUCUUUAGUAAAGAUAAGUGAGACCUAUGGACCUGUGUACACCUGCUACCUGGCCAACAUGCCGGUGGUUGUUCUGGUUGGAUAUGAUGCGGUGAAGGAGGCAUUGGUGGAUCACAGUGAUGUGUUCAGCAACAGGGGAGAGUUCAAACUGCUCACUAUGUUAUUCAAAAAUUAUGGGAUUGUCAUGAGUAAUGGAGAAAGAUGGAAGACGAUGAGACGCUUCUCUUUAAUGACUUUGAGAAAUUUUGGAAUGGGGAAGAGAAGUAUUGAGGAGAGGAUUCAGGAAGAGGCUGAAAACCUGAGAGAGCAAUUCAUGAAAGAAAAAGACGCUCCAUUUGACCCAACAUAUCUGCUGGGAUUAGCCGUCUCCAAUGUCAUCUGCUCAGUUGUGUUCGGAAAGAGAUAUGACUAUGAGGACAAGAAGUUUAUGACCCUUCUGGAAUAUAUCAGAGAGAUCUUUGGAACUAUGAACUCCAUAUCCGGUCAGAUCCUGGGAAUUUUCCCAAAAUUGAUGAGCAAACUUCCUGGACCCCAUCAGAAAAUGUUUAUACUUUUUGAAAAGUUGAGUUCAUUUGUAAGGGAAACAGUGAAGUCCCACCGAGAGGUUCUGGAUGAGAACAAUCCACAGGACUUCAUAGACUGUUUCCUCAUAAAGAUGGAGGAGGAGAAACAGAACCCAAAUACAGAAUUUCAUGAGGAAAACCUAUUGGGAUCAGUCUUUGACUUGUUCUUUGCUGGUGCAGAGACUACAAGUAGUACUCUGAGAUAUGCUUUCCUGAUAAUGCUGAAACACCCAGAGAUACAAGAAAAAGUCCAGCAGGAGAUUGACACAGUGAUUGGACAAGAUCGCCUUCCAUCUGUGGAAGACAGGAGCAAGAUGCCAUAUACAGAUGCUGUUAUAUAUGAGAUCCAGAGAUUUGCUGAUAUUUUACCUGCAGGAUUAGUACAUAGUGCUAGCAAAGACACCACCUUCCGAGGAUACCACAUUCCCAAGAACACUUUGGUGGCUCCUAUACUAACAUCGGUUUUGAAAGACCCUAAAUGGUUUAAGAACCCAACUCAGUUUGACCCAGAGCACUUUCUUGAUGAGAACGGGGCCUUUAAGAAGAAUGAUGCCUUCAUGCCAUUUUCUGCAGGUAAACGCAUUUGUGCAGGAGAAGGUCUGGCUCGUAUGGAACUCUUCUUGUUUUUUACUACUAUACUACAAAGAUUUACUUUAAAACCUACAGUGGACAGGAAGGACCUAGAGAUCACCCCAGAACCCAAAACCAAUGCUUCAAAAGCUCGGAAAUAUAAGAUGUUUGCCGUCCCUCGGUGAAAUACUCAAAUCCCCCGGCGGAAUUCAAAU